AUGCACAUUGCGAAGCUGGAGAAGUACACUAGGAUCCUCGUGAGCUUCGACCUGAUCUGUUGGGCGACGAUCACUCCUAUGGGGGUGUUUUGGGCGGCAUCUGAGAAGAGCAAGAGAAGAGUCAUGUACACUGCCCAGAUGGUCUUCAUCCUACUCGUAACUGUGGCUGCUGUAAGCCUUUGGGUCCUCCACUUCUUCCCGCUGUAAGCGUUUGGUGAGGGAUGACAUGGAUGCCCCGAUGAAAGGAAAGGAAGAGUGUCUUCUUUGCGGUGUCUGUUCAGAGGGGAGAAAGCCUCAACAGACAGCGAGAGGGCACAGGUGGCAUUCGCGUGUCUGUUAUGCUGUCUGCCCUUGAUGGCCUUGGCCACAGGAACUACAAGAAGGAUGACAGACGGUCACCCACUGCGAACUAUCCUGUUAUCUACUUCGCCGCACUAGGCUGCCUUCUCGUGCCCCGUAUCAUGCAGGCACAGAUAUAG